GUGGCAGCGCUCGGUCCGGUGCGGGGCCGGUGCGGGGCCGGUGCGGGGCCAUGACGCUCUUCGGCAGCGGGGACGCGGGCUGGAGAUAUCUGGACAUGGCCAGGGAGCCCAAGCCGAGCCGGGCCAGGCUGGGCCAGAAGCGGCAGCACAGCAGCAGCCUGUACCACAGUAACUGUGACCUGGACUACGACCUCUACAGGGAUGACUUCCCGUACCGGGUCUAUGAGUACCAGAAGAUCCCCCCCCUCAUUAACCGCAUCCCGGUCAAGACCAGACGGACUCACCUGGGAGCAGGAGGCAAGAGCAGCCUGAGUCCCCAGCCCGGGACAAGGAGCAGCACCAGCUCCACGGCAGGACGGACAAAGUUGCGAGCCGAAGAGCUGCACUCCAUCAAGGGGGAGCUGAGCCAGAUCAAGGCACAGGUGGACAGUCUGCUGGAGAGCCUGGACCGCAUGGACCAGAGGAGAGAGCGUCUCACAGGGUCCAAGGAGAGUGAGAAGAAGAGGGCAGAGCCAGGGACAGAGUCACCCUCCCCAGCAGGAGAGGGGUCCCGGGAGUCGCGGGGGAAGGAGGGGACGGGAGCUGAUGGGCACAGUGACCUGCGCAACAUCGACAGCGCCGAGGAGAGCACAGACACGGAGGAGACGGUGAAAACCCACAUGUCGGAUCCCGAGGGGAGCCAGUAGCCGGACUGGGAUGCUGUGGCCUUCCCGUGUGGCCAGUCCUUCCCAGCUUGUGUUCAUUAUUUCUUUUGAGGCUUCCAGCCAGGCACAACGCGAGGUGCCUGCUCCUGGCACGGCCAUCCCCGGCCACCGGCAGCCCCGUGUCCCACCCCGGCAGCUGCCGGCCGGCUGGGGCGAGAGAAGUUUUUGUGUUCCAAUGUGCUCGUUUUCUUUUUCCUCCUGUUUUCAGACCUAGGGAUAAGCAGAGGUGGCCGGGGGAGGGAGGGGAGGAGCAGAAACAAAAGAAAAAGGACCAUGUCCCAAAGGAGCAACCCAAAUCCCAUCUGCCUUGCUGGCAGCACCUCCUCACCCACAGGGUGCUGUGGGGCACAGAGAGAGCAGCCCAGGGCUCCCACCCCCAUGGCACAGGUCACAUCUCAACCGUCAGACCCUGCUGGGAAUUGGUGCAGCAGGCACAGGUACAGCCCGUGGCAGCUUUCUGACCCACCAUAGGAAGGAGGAACCACCCUAACCCAUCUCCAGGAGGUUUUCGCGGGAUUUUGGGAUGGUGCCAAGCCUAGCUCUGAUGCGAGCUGUGUGACCAGCAGUGGGGCAAUGCCAGCCCAAUCGCUCCCAUUCACCCCUACUCCCAAAUGUAUUUUCCUUACUGGUUUUCCACGGGCUGUUCUUGUCCAGGCAUCGUGUUUGCAGUCAGUAGGGCUCCUGUGAGGAGGGCCCCUCACCUGCACCCGAGGAGUCCUGGUCCCCCCGUGCUCCCCAGCAUCACAUUUCGGUUCCGUGUCCCUCAUUUCUUGGUUGUCCUUCUCUCACUGGUAGGAACUCGUUCUGUAUUUCUAAUUUGCUCUGGUAAAAAGAGUGUAUUGUGCUGGAAAGAAAAAUAAUUUGUAUUUAUUUUCUCUGGUUAUUUAACUCUGGUGCAGUUUGUAACUGUCUGAAGUGCUCAUUUAAUUUUUGUACCUAAUUCUGUGUGCUGCCGGACACAGUCCCUGGCUUUCUUGGAUGCUGCCUUUCCUGCAGCUCUGCUCUGUUUCCCAGUGGAAAAU